CAAGUGACAGUGACAGAAGUGACAUUCAAAAUCAAAAUCUCAAACUAAUUUAUAAUUUUUACAGACAAGACAGAUGGUUGAAUGUGAAUGUGGGAUAACUUGAUCUUAAUAAAUUAGAACAAAGUAACAUAACAUUUGGAAUGUGAGCUUUGGAUAGGAUGACACUGUACUAAAAGAUUUAUUAAGUGACGAUGGAUGAGGUCUAUGACGCCGGGACUUCCUUUGAGAACCUAUAUCCAGCAUUAACACAAUGUUUUGCCAUUAUCAUUUGCGGAUAUGUUGCUGGAAGGAUGAACUGGAUAUCAGAGACAGAGGCCAAAGGCAUAAACACUUUCAUAGGGACUUUCUCAUUGCCUUCAUUAAUUUUUAUGUCCCUAGCUGAAGUAGAACUUAGCCAAGUAAAUUGGAUAUUUUUGUUAUCCAUUUUGAUAGCAAAAAGUAUUGUAUUUUUUUCUGUGAUAAUUGUUACCCUCUUAGUUGGUAGGCCUCUGAAGUUGGGAAGAGCUGGUAUAUUUGCCAUAUUUUGCACACAAAGUAAUGAUUUCGCUAUUGGAUAUCCCAUUGUUGCUGCUUUAUAUAAACAAACUCAUCCCGAGUAUGCCACAUAUCUGUAUCUGAUGGCCCCGAUUAGCUUAGCCAUUUUAAAUCCCAUAUCAUUCAUCUUAAUGGAGAUUGGAAAAAGGAGAAGAGAUGAGGGCAGUGAACAAAUAUUAAUCAAUGAUGGGGAAAUUUCCAACAAUUUGAACUCACACAGAGAAAGAUUAAAAUUAGCUGUAUCUGUCUUUAAGAGUAUAUUUAUGAACCCCAUUAUUUUUAUGACUAUUUUAGGAAUAUUAGGAAAUGUGGUUUUUAAGCACAAUGUUCCUGUUUAUUUAGGAGGGACACUAAAGGUCCUAGGCUCAGCUUUUUCAGCCAGUGCUCUUUUUCUUCUAGGACUAAGAAUGGUUGGAAAAGUGCACAAAUUGAAAGGCGCUACAUUAGUUGUACCAGGAAUCUUAAUCAUGGUUAAAUUGUUAAUGUUACCAAUUAUUACAAGAGAGAUCAUUAGCCUUUUACAUGUAGGUCAGAAUGCAACCGAAACUGUAGAUCUGAGUACCUAUGGAUUUUUAUAUGGUACAUUUCCUUCUGCACCUACCGUCUUUGUCUUUGCUAACCAAUAUUCAAUAGAUGUUGACCUGAUUGCUAGCGCUAUGGUUGUUUGCACUUUCGUUAGUGCUCCUUUGAUGUUUGUUUCCGCAAAAAUGAUCACAAUCACAAACUGUGAUCCUUCAGAAUAUAUAAAGCAACUGGAUUCAUUUACUUUGGAUAUAAGCAUAUUGAGCCUUAUUGCCUCAUUUUGGGUACUCAUGGUACUAAUCUUAACAAAGAAGAUCCUGAAAAUACCCCAUAAAAUAACAGCUGCUUUAGUUAUAUCUCAACUUAUUGGUUGCCUUGGGGCGAUAUUAUGGAACACACUACACCAAAAAGAAGGUAUGGCGGGCUACAUACAAUUUUCACUGUUCAGUGUUGGUGUCUACAGUACCAGAUUGUGGACAAUGAUUUUGGCCAUAACUUUGCUGUUUUUACAAUGUAGAAGCUUGUGCUAUGUGCUAAAGUUACAACCUGUAUUUCUGCUCAUCGGAUGGGGGCUUCCGAUAUUACUAGCUGCAUUACUUUUGGUAUUUGACAAAGCCAGUACUACGCCUUUUGAAAAAAGAAAUCCAAAUUUCGUGUAUGGAGCAUCACAGGCUAUCAUAGCAGUUUCUCUAUUGGUUCUUUGUUUCAUAGUGACUGUUGGCUGUUUAAUACUUCACCAACGGUACCGUAGACGAUUUACUCGAUACAUGGACCUUUCGCAUGACAUUGCUUCAGAUCAGGAACAAUCACAAUCUACUCCGGAAGCCGAAACUACAGCGGACACUGCUGCGUUAAGUCCAAACCCAAGCACCAGUUCAGAUAGCGGCGUAGGAAGCGUUAAGGCACAAAAGUGUUGCGGGUUGCCGACGAUCGCUGAAGGUUGCUGUGAGAGUCAGGAGAGCCCAGUAGUAGAUAUUGAAGAUCUUUUAGGAGACUUCGAUAAGAAAUCUAAUAGUACUGAAAUUAAAGGAUAUCUUUCUGUAUUGAGUGAAGAAGGAAUGAGUCCAAAUGCGGACGGCUUAUGUCCUACGAGGUAUGGUUGUGCAGGGCCAACACGGGAAAUGUGCCAGGGUGUUGUAAGACAGUAUCAGCAGCAAAUAGACGACGAUCUCGAACUUAUCGAAGAGGAACCCGAAUCUCAUGAACCACAGAUCUUAAGACAUACGGUUUUGUUGAUUUUGUUAUUGUGUUCAAUGUUCGUGGGUCUUGCUCUUUCAAUUUGGACACUAGUCAUGGAACAAAUGUCGGGAAUAUACAUCGAACUGUCAUUCUUGGAUGCCACUCUUAAUUUUGGUCAAAGUAUCAUAGUAUUUGCAAUAUUCGGCUUGAACACCAAAGAAAUAAUGUUACCACUGUUGAAGUAUUGGAGGAAGAUAUGGUACGGCGCUAAUACUUUAAAUCUGCCAGCUUGGCAUGAACUUAGUUCAGAAACGAAACAUAUCUGUGAUCAGUUUGUGACCCACCAUCUUCAGAACUGUCGGUCUGCCAUCGCUACAGACAAACGCUGGAGAAUCAAGAUCUAUAAAAACGUGUUUUCUGGCGAAACCUUCGUGGAAUGGUUGAUAGAAGUGGGUCUCGCGAGGGACCGAGUAGAAGCUGUGAAUUACGCUAGGCAUCUUGUGGAAGGAAAAGUGCUAAGGCAUAUUAAUGGAGUAUAUCACUUUUAUGAUAGGAAUUUACUUUACACAUUUGUCUAAGGUUGUGAAUCUAUAGUAGAAGGUUUUGUAUGUCUACUAUAUUAAAUAUUUUGUCUACUAUAGAAUCGAUAGUAGACUAUAGAAUCUAUAUAUAUAUACUAUAUAUAGUAUAUAUACUAUAGAAUCUAUAGUAGACUGUUGCAGAAGGUUUUUUUAAUUAGAUAUAUGUACGUUAAAAAAUCUCUUACAUUUUUUGUUAAAAAUUGUAACAAUAACUGAUUAAGUUUGUUCCAACAAGCAAUUUUUGUACGGCUCAGAAACCGUCUCGAAACUGUGCCGUUUUUUAUGCGCAUGUUCAUCAUUUGUAUUGUCCGAUGAUGGUAAUUCGAAAACCGAUGGUGGAAACAUUGUCUGACAACUGACAUCAUUUGGUGACAACUUGUAGUUUCACUCAGUCAAUUUGUUGUGUAUUGAAAGGUUAGGCAGUGGUUAAGGAUCUAUACUAUAAAUAAAGAUAUCCAUAAAUACUAUAACAUAUUAGUUGUCUCCUUUUUGGCCAGUCAUAUUAUUAAAAAAUAUAUAAUGCCUGGUUGCAGCAACAGAUCUUAAGCUUAAGACGUGCCUUAAGCUCAGCUUACGAAACAUACGCGUUAUACCAUUGAGUCUUAUGCCGCGUCCACACUGGUAAAAAUUUGCGUCAAACCAGCUGUUCGUCGCAAAUAUUUGCGUGCUCGAAAUAAAUUGUGCUAGUGUGGACGUGUUCGUCGCAUUAAUCGGACGCAAGAAUUUUCGACGCACACAACGCACACGCUCCAUCGCGAUCGUUUAUCGUUUUCGAGCGAAGAUCAAAUGAUUUGAUCACCGCGUCCUUACUGGUAAAAAUUUGCGACGCAAAAUCUUGCGACGAACCAUUAGAUCAAUUUUCAGCUUGAACCGAUGUUAUUCUCAAGUUCCCGUUAUUCUCAGCUUAAGUUGCUGCCUGAGUUUAAGACUUUUGCCGGGUUGCACCAACAUAUCUUAAGCUUAAGACGUCCCUUAAGCUCAGCUUACGUAACAUACGCGUUGCACCAUUGAGUCUAAGAUCAAUUUUCAGCUUGCCACAAUGACAAAGAAUCGAAAAUUAUGGUGAGAAGUGAGACUUACAGCGGUCCUGCUGAGCUGGGCUAAGCUGGGGCUUAAGAUUUAUUUGGUGCAACCAGACAUUAAUCUAGACAGUCAUAAUCUAUAAGCUGAGCUGGGCUAAGCUGGAGCUUAAGAUCUGUUGGUGCAACCAGGCAUAAAUAACGAAAAAGCAAAUAUAUAAAUAAACAACAAGUCUACUAUAAAUACUUGAUAAAUGUAUUAAUCGACAAUGUAAUAAUGUAACUUAUUGUUUCCAAGGAAAAUUUCAGUUUUAAUAUAAAGCUAAGUGUUUGGGGAAAUUAUUGUAUAAUCGAUGUCCAUUCCACUCAAAGACAUCUCCUCUGGUCAUUGUUGAUCGCUUCUUUUACUUCUUCAGAACAUGUAAGACAAAAAAGAGACAGGUGCCAAACAUACAAGGUGACAAUUCUUCGGCCGAGGAAGAAGAGAUCUAGAGAUAAGCGACCACUUCUUAAAACCUUCUGGUCAUUGUCGAUCACUUCUUCGGGAAAGAAGAAGAGAUCCAGCGAAGAGUUCUUACAACCCUCUGGUCAUUGUUGAUCACUUCUUGUACACCCCAAGGUCAAACUGUUUGACUAGGCCCUAAGUUUGUUUGUAAUUGGUCCAACCUCAGGCAAGUUUACUCCACUGUUAUCAAAUUUUGACACUAAUUACAUUUAUUUAUAGGGCCCUAUUUUAUAGGGCUUUUCAUUCGCAGUCAUUUGUUUCGAGCUUCUGUCAUAUGUCGUAUAAUCCGUGGAUAUUAAUAUUAUACACAGAUUAUACAACAUAUGACAGAAGCUCGAAACAAAUGACAAUCGAUGAAAAGCCCUAUUGGCAUUUCAUAGGUUAAUUAAGUUAUAUCAGCGAUUUUUUUGUAUUUUCUGCGUUAUUCCUAUAAUUUUUAGAUUUUUAGUCUAUUUUUAUAUCAAAAACAGAUGUUUUUAGAACUACGUACAGCGUAUGUAUUUAGCGACGUAUUAGUAUAAUAUAAUAUUUAUGGAUUACCGUCAAAGGCCGAUAUGAUCAACCAAAAGAUAAUGGUGAUUUUUUGGUGAUAUUUUAGUGACUUUCUUGGGCGUGAAUCUGUCUUUUUAGUUUACUUCUCUUGGUUUAAAAACAAAGCUUAACUGGAUCAUAUUAGUGGUGACAAUUAGCUUCUAUGUAAGGUCUAUAAAAAAUAACCUACUGCAACUAUAAGCGAUUAUUGAUCUUAUUUUUAUUAAUUAUAUGUAUUCAUAAGUUGCCAAAGAAUUUUUUGAACAUUUAAUUUUAAGGCAUACAAGUUUUAUUGGUAGUGACCCAUAUUAUUAAUAUAAGAUUGUAAUUUUGUUUUCUGAAUAUUCAUACAGUGUGAUCGUUUAGAUUGAAAAUACCAUAAACUUUUAAAUUAUUAACUGAUUUCAACCAAUAGGGAACUUACAAUAAUUUAUUAUAUUUAUUAUAAUUUAUUAUAUAGGCAUAAUGUUUUAUUUUAUUUGUAUAUUAUAUUUUAUUUUUUUUAACGAAUCUAUAUGCAAUCAACGCCGGAAGAAGAUAAUAUUAAAAUAAGUCUGUAAACAAAAUAAUAUACAGGGUGUCCAGAAACUCUACCGACAAACGAAGACAGGAGAUUCCUCAGAUAAUUUUAAGACAAUUUAACCCAAUUCACCUAGUCCGAAAAUGCUUCCUAAGGGAGCUAGAGCUCUUUAAAGAUGGCGCCAUGUAAUUAGUUUUUCUUAAAUACCUCCAGAACGCCUCUAUUUAGAAAAACGAAAAUUUGUAUACAUGUUUACUUUCCAGUAUUGAAUCGAUUCCAUCCAUUGCGAAUUUCUAGUACCGGUCAUAGGCGUACGUUUUGGGUAGGGCAACGGUUAUUUUAUCGCAUAACUUUUUUGUCUUCAAAUUUUAAGCAUUUUUUAUACGGGAUUAUUAAAUUGCGAAAUAUUCUAGUACUAAAAGGUACUCUUACUUUAAGUCGGUAGGACACACCGUUUUCUAGAAAAAUCGAUUAGAAAGUUUUUAGUUUUGGGAAUUUGAAAAAAAAAUUUGAAAAAAAUUUAAAAAAAACGAUGUUUUUUUACCAACUUAAAGCAAAAGUAACUUUUAGUACUCGAAUAUCUCAUAAUUGAAUAAUCUAGUGUCAAAAAUACUUAAAAAUUAAAGACAAUAAAAUUAUGCUAUAAAAUAACUGUCCACCUACCCAAAACGGACGCCUAUGACCGGUACUAAAUUCGCCAUUAAUGAAAUCGAUUAAUCUCUGGAAAAUAAAUAAAUGUACCAGUUUUCAUCUUUCUAAAUUGUUUUUUUUUUUUUUUAAUCUUUUUUUUUGACAUUCAAAAAACGAAAAAUUUUCAAAUCGAUUUUUCUAGAAAACGGUGUAUCCUAUCGACUUAAAGUAAGAGCACCUUUUAGUACUAGAAUACCUCACAAUUUAAUAAUUCAGAGUCAAAAAUGCUUAAAAAUUAAAGACAAAAAAGUUAGGCGAUAAAAUAACCGUUGCCCUACCCAAAACGGAUGCCUAUGACCGGUACUAGAAAUUCGCAAUGGAUGGAAUCGAUUCCUUUCUGGAAAGUAAAUAAGCAUACCAAUUUUCGUUUUUCUAAAUAGAAGCGUUCUGGAGGUAUUUAAGAAAAACUAAUUACAUGACGCCAUCUUCAAAGAGCUCUAGCUCCCUGAGGAAGCAUUUUCGGACUAGGUGAAUUGGGUUAAAUUGUCUUAAAAUUAUCUGAGGAAUCUCCUGUCUUCGUUUGUCGGUAGAGUUUCUGGACACCCUGUAUAAUAGGAAUGUUCAUCAAAAACCUGAUAGGAAGUGAUUUCUUAUGCACUUACAUGCAGAAUCAUUGAUAUACCAUUAACCCACGAAGAAACUCGGUAUCAUUGAAAAAUAUAUGUAUACACAAUAAAAAAUUUAACUUAGCAGUGGAUUUAACCGUAUUGUUUAUGAACUUGGAUUAUCAGAACCACAAUAUUAUUUUCAACAUAUCAAAAAAAAACCUAUAGUUUAGAGAGUGAAGUGAAGACAAAAUAUGACAAAAAAAAGAAAGCCGUUUUACAAUACACAACAGGCAACCAUAAUAAGCGAAUCUGAAAUGAAACGAAUACUUUUGGAAAAAUAAAAAUGGAACAUUGGAAAAGCUUCUCAAAACAGAUGGAACACGAUUUCUACGGAACCCAAAAAUAUAGAUAAUGAUCAGAGGACAAAGAACAGAGAUGAACGAACUGAUAAAAAUGAGACACUUUCAGAAGGAAACAUGGGCCGACUACUUAAGAUCCCCGUUUGUAAAGGGGACCUUUACGUUUGACCUAUUACGUUUGAUAAUGAACCACUAACAUCAGAAAUGAUAACGAACGAAGAGAUAAACGCUGAUGAGAUAAGGAAAGCAUUAAGAAAAUUUAAAAAUUUAAAAUCACCAGAGGAGGGCAUAAAACCAAACAAAAAGUACGUAGGACCAGAUCUGACUAAACAACUAUUUAUGAACUAAAAAUAAACAGACUAAGGACCGGUUGUUCGAACGCUAAUUAAGAAGUUGAUUAUAAUCAGUCAGUUUAUUGUAAUCAAUUUUCUUGAUGUGAAUCAAAUCGAGACAUCAAAAAUACAUGUAAAACACUAAUCAUUCAUUGAUUAUAGGUAAAGCAGUAAUUAAAAUAUAGCCGCAGCUGUUAAAUUAUUAAAAAUUGCUUAUUAUUAUUGAUUUGUAAGUAAAAACAAGAAAUUAAAAUCAGAAAGAGUUUAAUUAUGGUUUAUUUUAGAUUAAAGCCAAAAUAAUAAAAUAAAUCAGUCAACAAUGUCAAGAUAACCUCAAAAUGUGACAUCUGUCUGAAGUACGCUUAAUCAAAUAUAAUUGUAAUUAAAUAUUUGAUAAUGAUCAGUGGAUUCCAUUUUUGAUUAGCGUUCGAACAACCGGCCCUUAGAGCCGGGAUAGGUGAAAUUUGCUUAUCACUUUAGGCACGAUAAGAGUCUAUAACUUAAAUAAUAAAACCUAAAAGAAAACGUACGAGCACUAUGCCAUCACUUUUAAGUGGCACAUGCGUCGAGAGUGGCGCAUCAAACUUUCCAUUUAUGGACGGAAUAAAUAAAUUAAAGGGUGCCCUCCUCCUUCAGAAUUCAAUUUUUUAAGUUCUAUGUGAUUAAAAAAUGAGACUCAGCGUAAUUUUAACCCACCACCCCCUUCUCCCACCAUCAAAAACUUGAUUUUUUGUUUUUAUUUAUUUAGGUGGGAUGCAAUCAAUUUUAAAAUUUCAAAAAAUUGACACACGUAGGGCCGGUUGUUCGAACGCUAAUCAACAAUGAUCACCAUCAAAUAUUUAAUUACUGUCACAACUGUCAAUGUCAACUUUGGUUGGGUUGCUGAAAACAUAAUUGAUUAUAAUUAUGAGAUUAGUUAAUCAAUUAACAUAACAAUUAUUAACAUAAUUGAUUAACUAAUUUCAUAAUUGUAAUCAAUAAUUAUGUUUUCAGCAACCCAACCAAAGUUGACAUUGACAGUAAUUAAAUAUUUGAUAGUGAUCAUUGUUGAUUAGCGUUCGAACAACCGGCCCGUUACCGGCUUUUACAAAACAUGUAUAUUUUUCUCACAAUAAAACACUGAAAAACGUUUGUUUUUCUAUACUUCCACAAAAUUUAUUACAACUAUGUUAUUACUACAGCUGUUUCGGCAAAGUGCCUUUCUCAAGUGAUGAAAGGCACUUGAAAGAUCACUUGAGAAAGGCACUUUGCCGAAACAGCUGUAGUAAUAACAUAGUUGUAAUAAAUUUUGUGGAAGUAUAGAAAAACAAACGUUUUUCAGUGUUUUAUUGUGAGAUAAAAUGAACUUCCAUCAAGUAACGGUCGAAUCCAUCAAUUAUGUAUAUUUUUUAUAGACCCGUAGUUGAGUUACCUAAAAAAAUUUAAAAAUGUUAAAGCAUAUAACUUUUUUUUAGAGAUGGCGGUAGGUCUAUUGUUUUCAAAUUUUUACGUCUUCCGUCAUCCAAAAAAACUGCUUUUUGUGGGAUUUUUGGGCAAUUUACCUAUUUUUUUAGACUUCAAAAUAGAUCAAAUCAAUAUUUUUUUAUAGUUUAAAUGUAAAUUGAAGUAGCUGAGUCCUUUUAUUAGUACAUUAAAAAUAGGAGAAACACGUUCAAACACCCAAAAAACAGUUUUUCGGAUUUUUGAAGGUGACGAGUCUUACGAAAAAAUCUGAAAAAAAAUAGAAAUAUAGUGUUUAAUAAAAUACGCAAAAUAAAAAAUAAAUUAGACCUGCAACCAUCUCCAGAAAAAAGUUACACGCUUUUUUUACAAAAAAAUAUUUUUUUUGAGGUUAUGAACACUUAACUUACUGCUCUAUAAAAAAUAGACAUGUUUUGUAAAAGCACAAAAUAUUUUUUUUUAAAUUGAUUUCAUCCCACCUAAAAAAAAAUAAAAACGAAAAAUUAAGUUUUUGAUGGUGGGGGAAGCGGGUGGUGGGUUAAAAUUACGCUUAUUUUUUUAAUGACAUAGAACUUAAAACAUUGAAUUCUGUUAGUGAGGGAGGGUACCCUUUAUUUUAGUAAUCCUGUUCAUAAGUGUACAGUUCCAUGCGCCACUAUCGACGCAUGUGGCACUAAAACGUGAAGGCAUAAUGCUUGCUCAUACGUUUUCUUUUAAGUUAUACACUAUUAUUAUGCCUAAAAUGAUAAGCAAAUUUCACCUAUCCCGGCUCUUAAAAAGACUGUUUUAGACUAUACUUUUUUCUGUUAACAGAAAAUUAUAUAACAAAAAUUUACAUGAAAUUAUUGUGUACAAUAAUAAUGCAAGAAGUUUAGUGUAUUACAUUGUCACAUUUUAUGUGAUUCUGCCUAUUACAUGCUUAAGAAGUACUUUUCUAUAUUUUUAUGCUGGUGCAUGUACUGUUAACCUCAAUGUUCUUCUUUUUCUUUUAAGGAUGUUUUAACCUAAUUUUUCCCAACAUUUAGCCUAGUUAGUUUUAUCGUUGAUAUUUUGUAUUACAAAGAUAUAUUAGUUGCGUUCGCGGGUACCUGAAAUUGUCAGAAAAUUGGAUAAAUUGUCAGAACACGCAUGCGCACAGCGCACUUUAAAAUAAUAUAAAUAAUAUCGUUAAUAGAUAAAUAUACAAGGUAUAUUUAUCUAGUAUAAUUUAAUAAUUAGUUAUUAAUAUUAAUUAAAAGUAAAUAUACCUUGUAUAUUUAUGCAUAUUUAUGUAACGGUAUUAUGGUAUUAUUUAUAUUAAGUGAGCUUAGAAAUUGUCGGCGACAAUUUGUCAACUGUACCCGCGAACGCACCUAUUAUAUGAUGGAUAAAAAAACUCUAUUAUUAUCUGCUUCUUCCAUUGCAACAUUUUUUAAAAGAAAAGUUAACCUUAAAAACCAAUUGGACGGUAUAAAGAAAAUAACCUAACUGCGCGUGCUCGUGUACUAAUAAUUGGUAUCAAAUGGAACAUGUUCUAAUUUGUAUAACAUUUUUUGUUAACAGAUUUUUUUUCUGUUUUACAUUGUGACAAAAUUUAGUAUACCAUUUUCUUAUAUCAUUAUAUAGUAUAGUCUAAAACUAAAAAGAUUUAAAAUAGCUCAAGUUGAUGAUAACCAAAUAUAAUCAUCGUAACACUAUUUAUUUAAGAAAUAAACCUUUUAUUUAUUUUUUAUUUUCCUUAAUUUGCAUUAAAUUAUACAGUGAGUUUUUAAUAAAGGAAAAUUAUUUAAAUAUGGAUGCUACCAAUAAUACGUUAACAAGAGUGUUAAUAUUUGUUGGUACUAUUUAUCUUGAAUGUGAUAAGAUAAUUUUAGAAAAGUUUUAUUAAAUGUUAUAUUAUUUAAUGAAAAAAAAGACAAUGUUUUUAGAAAUGACUGAUUAUUGUAAAAAAUAAUUUGUUUUAGAAAAAAAAACACUUUUCAGAUUUAAAA